AUGCUUGAUCUGGAUGCCAUCUUGAAAGCAACGGACAUUCUGACUACUCUAUCCGUUGCAGACAGUUGGGUGUUGCUUCAGUACGAAGGGAAACUUACGGAUGCCUUACAGGCCCUCCAGAGAACUGUUGAGGCAGUUCGAGCCGUCCGAAUCGGACCCGCAAGGUCUGAUGGUACUGCCAGUGCAUCUCCUAGUCCUUCCUUUUCCAGUCCAGCUUCCUCGCCACAGCCCGCUGAAAUAGAUGGAUAUGAGAGCACUCACAACGGGAGUCCUACUUCGCCUUCUGACUCGGAUGAUCGACCGAUUAACCAUGGCACUGAUGGUAUUGAAACCGAUCCCUCUUCUGACGACAAGACAAAGCCUCGGUCGUCCAAAGUUUCCGAACUAUGUUUGUACUUGAAUGACAAGAAAAGAUCCGCCGCUAUACAGAAUUAUCUGUGUUCUACUCCUGACUUCGACGGGAUGUGCACUUGGAAAAGCGGCGACCCUCGUGUCACCGAUAUUUCUAUUUGUUCUAGCCCGGGGAACACCCACGAAACUGGUUUGCGAAGGGGACUAAGCCAAAGAUCAUUGGCUAUUGAAUUCGAUCAAUGGGAAAAAGCAACCUUCGAUAUGUCAAGGGUAAACGAGAUCUCGCGAAAUCUGGAGUUAUCAGCCAAACGAACCGGCCAUCUUGACAAGUUCAUCCAAGCAAAAGAGUUCAAAGACAAGGAAGCAGAAAAUGCAAGCAUGGGAAUCCGCCAUGGAAUUAAAUGGCUUGUCUUCGAAUCCAUCUACGGAUAUGAAGGGGUGUCCCUCGUUUUGAUGCUUGUGUACAGUCGAUUUCGCGACGUGAAAUAUGAAGAGUUUUUCCAAUUAAAGGAAAGCCUUACAGAUUGGAAGGAAUUUGCAAUUGGAAAAUCGUCUUGCCUGGGAGAGUGGCAAAAGUGUUACGAGCGAUUCGAAGAAGCGCAGACAUCGCUCCAUGAAUCAGCUAGCAACACGACCUCCCUCCGCCAGGAUACACUAUGUAUACCCACAGAGCGAGACCAUUUGUUUCCUAUGCAGCCCACGGAUUACUCUUUGGAUAUAGCGCUCCAAACGGACAACACUUCGGCUGCUUUAGACUUGGCAGGGUCUGAGAAUAUUUCCCCGCCGCCUAUUCGUAAUCUGAAUGAUUGUACCUAUCAACCUUCAGAUUAUUCGCCUGCGUCUACCGCCGAGCCUCAGCUGCCGCUCAGUCCGGACUUCGCUCAGGAAUUGGAUCGAGAUUUCAAUGGCCCUUCUGAUCCGAGUUCAAGUAUCGUCGAAUUCGAUCAACGACUUACUGAGCUGCCUAUACCUUCCACCCAAAGCUUGGUUGAGCAGAGCUCCUUUCCCUUGUCCAUCACUGAGGCUUCGCUGCCGUUCAAUCCGGGAUUCGCUCAAGGAUUGAAUCAAGACUUUUAUGGCCUGUCAUAUCUGGGUUCAAACAACAUCAGCGACCUCGAUCGGCCUCUUACGGAACCUGAUUUACCCUUCAUUCAGGCCUAUGCCGAGGCAUUUACUUGGGCCCCUUCUGCCGAGUGCAGUGCAAGUCUAGGUGAUCUCAAUCUGCUUCAUCAGCUCUUUGAAGAGCCUCAUCUCCCAGGUCCCAAGCAGGACCAUCAAAAUCAAGACACAUCUUGCAACGAUGAUCUCCGUGCUACAUCUUUGGGAGCAGCUCCGGGUAACACUGGCCAUGAAUCUCACCAAUUAAACUUUGCGUUUAAUCGAAUUUCCAAAACCAACAACAAGGUAGCCUACAUCAUUACUCGGUUAGCUGUCUGA